GCCCAGUUGGAGCGAAAUGCCGCACUUAUUUCGUCUUGCCAAUUUAAAUAUUCGAACCUGUGUAACGAUUCUUCGACAUAACUUUACAACAAACUCAACCGCAAGCAACAGCGGUUGGUUCGUAAAAAGGAAGAAUUCAAAACUAAACUGUUUUGUAGUAAAAAAAUUAAACACUAAAAUCGAAUUGUUAACUUUUUCGCGCCUAAAUUAUUGAGUGAAUGAAUUUUUACGAACUUUUUUUUCUAAACAGCCAGUGUUUGUGGUAGUGUGAAGUUUUUUUUAUAAGCAUGGAUUCGUGGGGCAUCUUAAACGUGGAUACUGCGGCCAUCGCUAUAUCGAGGGAGGGUGACUUGCAGAACAGUUUUCGGCGUAAACAUCUCAUU